GUAACGGCUUUAAAUGGGAAUACCCUCGAUCCGCUGUGGAGUCUCCUUUAAAAAAUCUUACCGCGUCACUGGGAUGCGGUUCCUGGAGCCGGACACCUAGCCGACCAUCCCCGCUUAUAUAUGUCCUCCACCGAACGAAAUCACUCACCAAAGAUGACAGCUCCGUUAACGCCUGCCGCACCACAGGAUCAACGCUUUUUGGUGUUGUUUGACUUCGACGAGACCAUCAUUUGCGAAAGCAGCGACGAUGCUGUGGUGCGUACUCUGCCAGACAAAGAGCUCCCUGCCUGGCUGAAAAACAGUUACAGGGAGGGGCACUACAAUGAAUACUCGCAGAAGAUUUUGGCCUACAUGGCUGAGCAGGGCGUGUCUAAAGACUCCAUUCAUUCAGCAGUGGAGAAGAUCCCACCAAAUCAAGGCCUCAUGAAUCUCUUCCAGUAUCUGCAGAGCCACCAGCAGGACUUUGAGCUUGUGGUGGUCUCCGAUGCUAACACGUAUUUUAUUGAAACCUGGCUUAGGCAUGCUGGGGUGCGUGACCUUUUCAGAAAGAUUUUCACAAACCCGUCCAGUUUUAAUGAGGCUGGUCAGCUUGUGCUCCUCCCUUUCCACUCGCACUCAUGCCCCCGUUGUCCUGAUAACAUGUGCAAGCAGGUGAUCCUUCGGGAGUAUUUGGCGGAGCGGCAAAAGGAGCGUGGCGGCGUUCCCUUUCAGAGGGUCUUCUAUAUUGGAGAUGGGGCCAAUGACACCUGCCCUUCUCUGGCUUUGGGGCCCCGGGACACGGCUUUCCCCAGGAGAGACUUUCCAAUGCACAGGCUGCUAAAGGAGUUUCAGCAGUCUGCCAAGGUCAAAGCAAACAUUGUACCUUGGGUCAGUGGCGAAGACAUAGUAGACUGCCUGAAGAAAAUAGUGGAGGAGAGAUGAGAACUGCAUGUCUAUACUUGUGAAAGAAGGUCUGUGAGAGGGGAACGAGUGCAAUAAAGGUGCACCAACACUAGUCCACCUGGCAGGCAGGUUAUGCAUGAUUUUAGCCGAGCAACAACCAGACCAUCCUACAGAUGUACUUAAACAACACGCACAUAAUUUAAAAAAAAAAAAAAAAAAAAUUUAAAAAACAACUUUAUUUUAUAUUUAAUUUUUAACUUUGUGCACUCUUAAUUGAAAAUGAUCAAAUGUGGGAGUAAGAGGUUCUAAAUAGCAAAUUCCUUUUUGUACCAGGCCAGGUGUUUCCCCUUGUUUCCACUCUCUAUGCUACGAUAAGCUAACCAGCAAAUGGUUAACUCAUAAUGCUAACGGUUUUUAAAUAUAAUGUUUGACAAAACACAGUUAAACUGCUUUAAUUCUAGCCUCAUGCAAAAGGCUAUUUCGUCCCAAUUACUCUGGUAUUAAUCAUGUAUGCUGCAUUCUAACUCGCGUGGUAGUAAAAUUCAGUUAGAAAGCAAUAGCAAGGCUAUUUGAUCAAUAAUAGAUAUGCAGUAUUCAUUAUGCACUUUGUUCUCCUUAUCAAGUCUGAUAAAUGGGAGAGAACAUCGUAACCAAAGUGUUGUGCGUGCUCUGAAGUUGCCGUUUAUGAAGCAACCAUCCCCUUCAGUAUAGGUGUAGUUUACAUUUUUGAGCAAUGCUAACUCUGACAGUUUGUUUCUCAUCUUAACUGUAUGAGAUUUCAUUCAUGUGGAGAUUUAAACUGUUUCUCUGUUGUCACGCUUUCUUUAAAAACACUCCAUCCACGUCCACGUAAGUAGGGCCAGGUGUUAUGAAACUAUCUGGGACAUAAGACCAUGUUGUGUAGCCAAGAACAAGGUUAGAAAAGAGAUAAGAGAUAAGAGAUAAGAUGACAUACGCCAGUACCUGUGCACUCCACACCUCCCAUUACUGAUACUUAAUCUGGGCUUGAUUGCACAACAGUAAUUUACACCAGGCAUGCCGUAGACACACGGCUGCCGGUCGGCCUAACGUUAUUCCCUGUCCCUCUGAAACAAUGGAAGAAAGCCUAAUGCACAGUACCAAUUUUAGCACGGUUAAUGGAAUGGAAUCAUACCAUAUUAAAAACGUCCAGUGAUUAUUUUUACUGAUAAGAUGUUUUCAUUUUGGGUCAGGAUAAAGAGGUUCUUCUUUACAGUUGAAUGCUUUCCCAGUUGAUGAUGAUUUUCAGUAUAUCUGCAUAAUUACCUCAGCAUGCAAAUUAAUUUCUGCCUCACUAAACUUGCAACAGGGGAAAAUAUAUAUACUUAGUAUUAUUUGGUAUUGACUAUGAAGAGUUAAUUAAUGCAUUGAAGGGUAUUCUUUUCUUCUUUUUUUGUUUACAGCAAUACUUUACAUCUGUUGAGUCUUGAAUCCCUUGUAAGACUGGUUUCAGCGUUAGCAAAGCUAAUAUUGAACUAUGUGAGGUUAAUGCUGUCUGUCUUUACCGAGAAGAAUCUGAUACUCAAGAGUUCUGUUUCCUGGUUGAAUAAAGUCCAUGUUUAUCAAGGGAAAUGUGGGUGCUAAUGAAAAGAAGUAAAAUAAUAAAGUAGUGUGUGUAACUGGUGACAUUUUCUUUAGCCUUAAAAAAUGAUAAAUUGUUGUGUAAGUGCUGGAAAUUUACUUUAAGGGGUGUUUUUUAAUUUCUCAGGGAAGGGAGACUUAAACAAGCAACAUCAUAUAGCAGGAUUUGUUUCUUUUGUACUGUUAUAUUUCAACCGAACAUGUUGUACUUGUAAACUUUUGUAGAUGUUCAUGAGAUUCACUAAGCUCUAAACCUAAUUCUUAUCCAGUGCUGUGUUACAAAUACGCUGUUGGAGUUCCUCUGUAUCGUACUGUAAUUGUAGAGAUCAUGGUUUAA